AUGUCCUAUGUGAAAUACUGCAAACCAAGGCCGCGGGCCAACAGCAGGAUGCAUAAGCCCCAGACGUUCGUUGUGCACGAUGAGGAGCAGCCCAUCGCCGACCGCGACAAUUCUUGUGGCGAGUAA